AUGGCACUCAAGCUUCAUGGCCUUCCCCUUUCAACAUGCACCGGUCGUGUCUUAACCAUUUUCCAUGAAAAAAGCUUGGAUUUCGAACUCAUCCCUGUCAACCUUCCUGCUGGAGAACACAAGCAGCCUGCUUUCCUCGCCAAAAAUCCCUUUGGACAGAUUCCAGUACUAGAAGAUGGUGAUCUUACUCUUUUUGAGUCUAGAGCUAUCACAGCAUAUGUGGCUGAGAAAUUCAAGGACACUGGUGCCGAUCUGAUCAGGCACAACAACCUGAAAGAGGCUGCAUUAGUGAAGGUCUGGACAGAAGCGGAGUCUCAGAACUUCAACCCUGCAAUCUCUGCCAUUGUCUUCCAACAUUUGGUGGCGCCAAUAUACGGCAUGACACCAGAUCAAGCGGUCAUUGACGCCAACCUCGAGAAGCUUGCGAAAGUGCUGGACGUGUACGAGGCUAGGCUGAGCAGCACCAAGUACUUGGCUGGUGAUUUCUAUAGCCUUGCUGACCUAAACCACCUUCCCUACACUCAUUAUUUCAUGAAGACUCCAUGGGCUUCGUUGGUCAAUGAGCGCCCCCAUGUUAAGGCUUGGUGGGAGGACAUUUCUUCUAGGCCUGCUUUCAAGAAAGUGGCUGAGGCCAUGACCAUGGGACAGAAGUGA